AUGGGCGUGUCUCCGCCGUUCCCACGUUGAGCAUCUCUAAGGGGCGUGUCCGUGUGUGACAGACUCAGGGUAGCGGUGUUUAAUCUCAAGCGUCUCAUUUCCCGGCGGUUGUGUCCGCGUCUAAUGUCUGUCACGCUCUUAUUCUCCCGCACACUCACUUGCUCACUACUGAAUGGGGAUAAGAAGCGCCGCAGCCUCUCAUACUCGUGAGUUUCUGAAACACGUUGUGGGCGUGGGCCUGGAUCCAAGUAUCCCGUAACCGGCUCCCAUGCUGUGUCUCUCUCUCUCCCUGGGACAAGCGCUGGAAGAGAAGAAAGAUGAAUUCCUUUAUAGCGGUUCUCCUGUGCACCUUGGGGUCCCAAUUGGUCGCUGGAAAGACUCUGCUAGUGGCUGUGGCAUCAAACAUAGAGAUCUGUGACUUCCCAUGUGAGAAACCAACAGUUUAUUUCCUCGAAAGAGCUUCCAAGGAACGGGUCAUGGACUUCUCUUGCAUGGACCGGCACCUGCAGAUUUAUGGCACUUACAGACAGAGACUUCAGUUGAACCAAUCUACUGGCUGCUGCACUAUAACCAAUGCCCAGAAAUAUGACUCCGGUAAAUAUGUAUUGGAAUAUCAGGAGCUCAUGAAAGUCGUGCAGUUCAAAUACACAACCUACUUGAUCAUACACCCAGUUUCUGUGACCAACAUAAAUGCCACCCGUAGUGAUUUGGGGAAGACUGUGGCUCUGAGUGUUUCCUACAAUGGAGAGGAGGCCACAGUUCAGUGGACGUGGAAUGGAGGAGCCCUGCCUGAGAGACACCAGCUGAGUGACAGUAACAAGACUCUCACUGUACCCAGUACUGACACUGGCACAUUCACUGUCCUUGUCUCCAACCCAGUCAGUCUCACCAGCGCUCACUAUAACCUCACACUCCCAGAUCCAGCCAGUGAGAGUAGUGUUGAGAACAGGCGCCCAGAUGCAGAAUUUCCCUCUCGAUCUCAUGCUGGAAGAUAUGGAAUAAUUAUAGCUGCUGCUGUUUUGAGUUUUGCCUUUGGUAUUUUGAUGUGUUACAAAACUGCAGCACAAGAGGGCCAAAAGGUACAAAAAAUUCAUACAGCCUGGCUUAAAAAAAAAACCCAGAAGUUCCAUUAAAAGUGCUCCUCCAGCAAAUUUCAACACUUCGUUCAUCAACUAUUAAAACGAAUUUGUAACCUAUACACUUCCCCAUCAGCUUUUCUCAGAGUAAAUAACAUAAACUCUGAUAGAUUCCCCAUAAGAAAAGGGACCAGACAAGGCUGUCCCCUGUCCCCUCUCUUUUUCAACAUAGCACUAGAUCCGUUACUUAGGCACCUGGCUCAAAACCACAAAUAUCAUGGUCUUACCAUAGGACAAACACAUUAUAAAAUAAUAGCAUUCGCAGAUGAUAUUUUCCUAUUUAUAAACAAACCAAACCAAGAUAUUCCUGUCAUUAUGGAAACUAUCAAUAGAUAUGCUACAUUCUCAGGCCUAAAAAUAAACUAUGAUAAAUCAGAAGCCAUCAAACUAAAACAUACCAUACCCACAGACUGGACACAAGACAUCCCUUUUAAAAAAGGACAACACCACUUUACCUAUCUAGGUAUCAAAUUCACGAACCACCAUACGGACACUUACAAACUAAAUAUAAGUCAAACCAUAUCCGAUAUCCAGAAUGACCUAGCAAAUUGGAAAACACUAAGGGGCACAUUUACUAAGCUCGAGUGAAGUAUUCGAAGUAAUAUAACUUUGAAUUUCAAAGG